AACCCAAAAUCCUCACAUUACUAUGUCUAUAUCUCUAUAACUAUACACAUAAUCAAACUGUCAAAAAAACCCAGCAAAUUACUCACCUUUUUAAAAUCCUCAAAUUCCAAAAUUUCAGCUGCAUUGCAAUCUGGUUGAUCUGAAGAUUUUGAACCUCACAUUUAGGUUACUUAAUUUGGAAAGAUUUUAGUGUUUAGAUUUGGAAAUAUGAUGCCAUGAUGAUGAUGAUACUGUGAUUGUGAUGGUAUUUUCUCUUAAAUAGAUUGAUAUAUCGAAAUUCGCUUAGAUUGGUUUAGCUGGCAUUUGGCGCGGUGUCAACAUUACUCUGCAACUAUUAGUUUGUGGGUUGAAAUCUCGGUGUGGUGUGUUAUGAUAGGCUGACAUUUUGGUAUUUGGUGUAUAAGUGAAAUUCAAUUAGUCCUUUGAUACUAGUGGUGUUAGCCUGCUAAGUCUGAUAGGUAGAAGAGCGUUGAGCAGUUUCAGUAUGAGAAGACCUUUGUUUAAUAAAUUUUCUGUUAUUUUCGGGCCUAGACCCCCGUGGAGUUGGCUGCUUCUGUGUUGCGUUAGUGUUCUUGCACUAAUUGUUGUGUUAAGCUCAUCUUCUUUUACCUCAUUUGAGUCGGUUACUUUUAGUAUAAAGUCGGACAUAUAUACGAAUUAUAGAAGGUUAAAGGAGCAAACAGCGAGUGAUUAUUUGGAGUUAACAAAUUUGUCUUCUGGACUUGAUAAUUUGGAGGUUGGGAUAUGUGGCAAGGAAAGAGAACAUUAUGUUCCUUGCUAUAAUGUUUCUGAAAAUUUGUUAACGGGGUUUAAAGAUGGUGAGGAGUUUGAUCGGCAUUGUGAAUUAUCACAAGACCAUGAAGAGUGUUUGGUUCGUCCUCCAAAAGAUUAUAAAACUCCCCUGAGUUGGCCCGUUGGUAGAGAUGUAAUAUGGAAUGCAAAUGUCAGAAUUAGCAAAGAUCAGUUUCUUUCUUCCGGGAGCAUGACAAAAAGGUUAAUGCUAUUGGAAGAGAAUCAAAUUUCUUUUCACUCAGAUGACGGGUUACUCUUUGAUGGUGUUAAAGAAUACUCCCAUCAAGUUGCAGAAAUGAUCGGAUUGGGCAGUGAUGCCGAAUUUCUUCAAGCUGGUGUACGCACCGUGCUUGAUAUCGGUUGUGGGUUUGGUAGCUUUGGGGCUCAUUUACUCUCACUGAAACUAAUGGCUGUGUGUAUGGCUGCAUAUGAGCUAACAGGAAGUCAGGUUCAGUUAUCUCUUGAAAGAGGUCUUCCAGCAGUUAUUGGCAAUUUCAUAUCAAGGAAACUUCCAUUUCCGUCAUUGUCAUAUGACAUGGUUCAUUGUGCACAAUGUGGCAUCUUAUGGGACCAAAAAGAUGGAAUAUUUCUUAUUGAAGUUGAUCGGAUACUGAAGCCCGGAGGCUACUUUGUUUUACACGGAACCUCAUUAAGUACAAAGCAAGGAAGCAUGGCCAGCCCCAUCGAAAAAUUCACUGAGAAGAUCUGCUGGACACUAAUAGCUCAACAAGAAGAAACUUUCGUAUGGCAGAAAACAAUUGAUGCCCAAUGCUACUCUUCUGGCAAACAGGGUGUGAUUCCACUAUGUGCUCAUGAGGGUAUUCAAUCGUAUUAUCAGCCACUUGCAUCCUGUAUAGAAGGAACUAACAGCAAACGUUGGGUCCCUGUUCAGAACAGGUCUUCUAGUUUUCAAAUAAGCCCUGCUGAUCUGGAAAUUCAUGAAAUUCGGCAGGAUGAAUUCUAUGAGGACUUGGAGUCUUCUCGUUUAGCUCUGAGAAAUUAUUGGUCAUUGCUUACUCCCUUGAUAUUUUCUGAUCACCCCAAAAGGCCCGGGGAUGAAGAUCCAUUACCUCCAUAUAAUAUGAUACGGAAUGUGAUGGACAUGAAUGCACGUUACGGGGGUUUUAAUUCUGCAUUUUUAGAAGCAGGAAAGUCUGUGUGGGUGAUGAAUGUAGUGCCUCUUGGGACUCGGAAUACACUCCCAUUUAUACUUGAUCAAGGUUUUGCUGGUGUUUUGCAUGACUGGUGUGAACCCUUUCCCACUUAUCCACGGACGUAUGACAUGGUUCAUGCGAAUGGGCUCCUCUCGAACCUUAUUACAGAGGGUUGCAGCAUGAAAAGGUUACUUUUGGAGAUGGAUCGUAUUCUACGGCCGGAGGGUUGGGUUGUUCUUUCAGACAAGUUGGUUCCUAUAGAGAAGGCACGAAUGAUUGCUACUCAGAUACGAUGGGAAGCAAGAGUAAUUGAUCUUGAUAAUGGUAGUGACCAAAGACUACUUGUUUGCCAAAAGCCAUUUCUAAGAAAAUGAAUACAGGUCCCCCACCUUCCCAUUCUACAAAACCUCCGUAACUGCAAAAUAGGAUCCCAUCUAUACACACAUCCAGGCGUGCAUACAUACAUAGAUAAAAAUUUCUCAAGUCUCAACUUGAUAAUCUAAGCACAGUGUAUAAGUGAUGAAGUUCCAAGAUACAAAGAAACGCGAGCAUUUGCAAGAUGUAGAUUACAGAAAAUUUUUGUUACCACAUAGUUUGAGGUCUUUUUGAAAUAUUCCCAAGGAAUUGCAGCCAUUUGGUACGCCCAUAUGUUUCGCCUUUCAUUCCCUAUUUUUUUGUUCAUUUUUGUAAUUGAAACUACAUUUUGUACCAAAACAACAUGAUAUGUCAAGAAAAAUAUGCGUGAAAUAGAUUACAGCACAACCUUCAAAUCUUA